CUGGCUGACUUGGUCCUAGUAUUUCGUCUCCAGACUGUUUCCUGAGCCCUGUCAUUCGCUCUUUCUCAGCGAUGGCAGCCCAUGGGACCGGACAACGCAGAUGUUGAUCAUGGAAACCCAGGACGCCAGUCUUCCUCUUCCAGAUCCAUUUUUAUUCCGAACACACUUUCGUAUUGCAGCCUCCUUGCAUCUAUUUCAUGUUGAAGAACGAAUCGCCGAGGGCUGGCCCUCGCCCCGAUUGUUCCACUUCGACACAGUAACACAAAAGACAUUACGCUGUCUCUGGCAUCUCGUCCCUAAGUUGAUACGUGUCCAGUGUUACCGUGUGCUCCUGAAGUUAGGCAGCCACCUCUACCCGCGGUCUUUCACCGGCCUCGUGCACCGGUUGCCGCUCGGACUGUAUGCGAAAGAAUGCAACCCCUCUCCCUGCGACGAGGGUGAAACAUUGCGUCUGGUGGAACAGUACACUUCGAUCCCAUCGCCCCUCUGGGUGGACGAUUACCAGGGGACGCACCCCGUUCUCAUCAUGACGGCCGUGCCCGGACAAACGCUGGAGGCAGUGUUUCACCGACUCUCAUACCUAGAACGGGAGCAGCUUUCGAGAGACUUGAAGACUGUUUUGUCACAGCUGCGGUGCGUCCCAAACCGGACCUCGUACGUCUUCGGCAACAGUCAUGGCGGCCCGCUGAAAGAUCAUCGUUUCCCCUCUGGCACAUGCGGUCCGUUCCACCUCAUCUCUGAAUUCAAUGCUUUCCUCGUCCAUAACUAUGUGCGCAAAGAGACAAAGGACAAGAUUUCUGCUGUCCACAGCCGUCAGUACCGAUCUGUUUUUACUCAUGCCGACCUCCACCCUAGCAAUAUUCUGAUUGAUCGUGGACGCCUGGCUGGAAUUGUGGACUGGGAAUGCGCCGGUUUCUAUCCUGAGUACUGGGAGUUUACAAAGCUGAUGUACGGGGCAGAACGAUUCCCAGAAAUCCAACAGAUCAUUCAUGAUGCGUUUACAGAGGAUUGCUAUGAAGAGGAGCUUGAGGCCGAGAGGCUACUAUGGAAUGACACACCGCCGGGCCUUUAGUUAACUGGAUUCAGCAUUACAUAAUUAAAGUAUUCAUACGCGACCUCAGACUGAAGGAGUGGAGCGC